GCUCCCCGGGAGAAGCUACAUCCCACCCACGCUGCACCUCGGUGUGCCGGGGGUCAGCGGCUCUAGCGCGGAUGGCCCCGGCACCCCGAUGCGUCGAUGGAGAAGUCCCGCUCGCGCUGCCCCGGGGUCCCGGUCCGCCCUGUGCCCGGCGCCUCCCUCUGGCGAACGCGUGCGCCCGGAGUGCUGGCGGAGCUGCGGCUCCGAUUAAGGUGACGGUGCCGGGCGGACCAGCAGCCAUCCCACGUGCCCCGUCUGAGGGGCUGUGCCAAGAGCAGGGGAGCAUGGAGGAGAGGAAGCAGGAGAGCACAAACCAAGCUCACGUCCUCUUUGACCGGUUUGUCCAGGCCACCACCUGCAAGGGAACCCUCAGGGCCUUCCAGGAGCUCUGUGACCACCUGGAGCUAAAGCCUAAGGACCACCGCUCCUUCUACCACAAGCUCAAGUCUAAGCUCAACUACUGGAAGGCCAAAGCGCUCUGGGCCAAAUUGGACAAGCGGGGCAGCCACAAGGACUACAAGAAGGGAAAAGCAUGCACCAACACAAAGUGUCUCAUCAUCGGAGCUGGUCCCUGUGGCCUCCGCACAGCUAUCGACUUGUCCUUAUUGGGAGCCAAAGUGGUCGUGAUUGAGAAGCGGGAUGCCUUCUCCCGCAACAAUGUUUUGCAUCUCUGGCCCUUCACCAUACAUGAUCUCCGAGGUCUGGGUGCCAAGAAAUUCUACGGCAAGUUCUGUGCGGGAGCCAUCGACCAUAUCAGUAUCCGUCAGCUCCAGCUAAUCCUCCUGAAAGUAGCCUUGAUUUUGGGCAUUGAGAUCCAUGUCAACGUGGAAUUUCAAGGGCUGGUUCAGCCUCCCGAGGACCAGGAGAAUGAACGGAUAGGAUGGCGAGCAUUGGUGCACCCCAAAACUCAUCCCGUAUCAGAAUAUGAAUUUGAAGUGAUCAUCGGUGGGGAUGGGCGUAGGAACACCCUGGAAGGAUUUCGCCGGAAAGAAUUUCGUGGCAAGCUAGCCAUCGCCAUUACGGCCAACUUCAUCAACCGCAACACAACAGCCGAGGCCAAAGUGGAGGAGAUCAGUGGUGUGGCUUUUAUAUUCAACCAGAAAUUUUUCCAGGAGCUGAGAGAAGCCACAGGCAUUGACUUGGAGAACAUCGUCUACUACAAGGAUGACACUCACUACUUCGUUAUGACGGCCAAAAAGCAGAGCUUACUGGACAAGGGGGUGAUACUGCACGACUAUGCAGACACGGAGCUACUGCUUUCCCGGGAGAACGUGGACCAGGAGGCCCUGCUGAACUAUGCCCGGGAGGCUGCAGACUUCUCCACCCAGCAGCAGCUGCCUUCCCUGGAUUUCGCCAUCAAUCACUAUGGGCAGCCCGACGUGGCCAUGUUCGACUUCACCUGUAUGUACGCCUCUGAGAAUGCCGCCCUGGUGCGGGAGCAGAACGGACACCAGUUACUAGUAGCUCUGGUUGGGGACAGCCUCCUGGAGCCUUUCUGGCCAAUGGGAACAGGAAUAGCCCGGGGCUUUCUGGCUGCUAUGGACUCUGCCUGGAUGGUUCGAAGCUGGUCUCUGGGCACCAGCCCCUUGGAAGUCCUGGCAGAGAGGGAAAGCAUUUACAGGCUGCUGCCUCAGACCACCCCUGAGAAUGUGAGCAAGAACUUCAGCCAGUACAGCAUCGACCCUGUCACUAGGUAUCCCAAUAUUAACAUCAACUUCCUCAGGCCAAGCCAGGUGCGCCAUUUAUACGAUAGCAGAGAAACAAAAGAUAUUCAUCUGGAAAUGGAGAACCUGGUGAAUUCCCGGACCACUCCCAAGCUGACUCGCAAUGAGUCUGUAGCUCGUUCAAGCAAACUGCUGGGGUGGUGCCAAAGGCAGACAGAUGGCUAUGCGGGAGUAAAUGUGACAGAUCUCACUAUGUCUUGGAAAAGUGGCCUGGCCCUGUGUGCCAUCAUCCACAGAUACCGCCCAGAUCUAAUAGACUUUGAUUCUUUGGAUGAGCAGAACGUGGAGAAGACCAACCAGCUGGCCUUCGACAUCGCUGAGAGGGAGCUAGGCAUCUCCCCCAUCAUGACCGGCAAGGAGAUGGCUUCCGUGGGCGAGCCGGACAAGCUGUCCAUGGUGAUGUACCUCACGCAGUUCUACGAGAUGUUCAAGGACUCGCUGUCCUCCAGCGACACCUUGGACCUGAAUGCAGAGGAGAAAGCCGUCCUGAUAGCCAGCACCAAGUCCCCCAUCUCCUUCCUGAGCAAGCUUGGACAGACCAUCUCUCGGAAGCGCUCUCCCAAGGAUAAAAAGGAAAAGGAUCCGGAUGGGGCUGGAAAGAGGAGAAAGACCAGCCAGUCAGAAGAGGAGGAGCCUCCCCGGAGCUACAGAGGAGAAAGACCCACCCUGGUGAGCACCCUGACGGACAGGCGGAUGGAUGCUACCAUUGGGAACCAGAACAAAGUCAAGUACAUGGCCACCCAGCUGCUGGCAAAGUUCGAAGAGAAUGCGCCUGCCCAGCCCACCGGCGUGAGGAGACAGGGCUCCAUAAAGAAAGAGUUCCCACAGAACUUGGGGGGCAGCGACACGUGCUACUUCUGCCAAAAGCGGGUCUACGUGAUGGAGAGGCUGAGUGCCGAGGGCAAGUUCUUCCAUCGCAGCUGCUUCAAAUGCGAGUACUGUGCCACCACACUGCGCCUGUCAGCGUACGCCUAUGACAUUGAGGAUGGCAAAUUCUACUGUAAGCCGCACUACUGUUACCGACUCUCUGGCUACGCGCAAAGGAAGAGGCCAGCGGCGGCUCCUCCUACUGGAAAGGAAGCCAAAGGACCCCUUCAGGAUGGCCCCACUGCAGAUGCAAAUGGACUGGCCAGCAUCGCCACCAGCUCAGCUGAGAGAACUCCAGGUUCCAGCAUGAACGGCCUGGAGGAGCCCAGCAUCGCCAAGAGGCUGAGGGGGACCCCUGAGAGGAUCGAGCUGGAGAACUACCGCCGGUCUGUAAGGCAGGUCGAGGAGCUGGAGGAAGUGCCCGAGGAGACGCAAGCCGAGCACAACCUGAGCAGCGUCUUAGACAAGGGCACCGAAGAGGAUGCGGCCAGCAGCAGUUCUGAGUCUGAGAUGGAGGAGGAGGAGGAAGAGGAAGAUGAAGAUGACCAGCUCCCCACCUCCGACCUGGGCGGGGUUCCCUGGAAGGAGGCAGUGAGGAUUCACGCCCUUCUAAAGGGCAGGAGUGAAGAGGAGCUAGAGGCCUCCAAGAACUUGGAGCCUGAGGAAGAGGAGGAAUAUGAAGACGAGGAAGAGGAGGAAGACUAUGAUGAAGAGGAAGAGGAGGAGUCCAGCGAAGCUGGGAGCAACAGGCUGCAACAGAUCAUAACCACGGCAGAUCCCUUGGCCAUCCAGGCUGAUGUGCACUGGACACACAUCCGUGAGAGAGAGGCGGAGGAGAGGAUGCUCCCUACCUCCGAGUCCUCCACUUCCAGAGCUCCUCUGGAUGAGAAUGAUCUAGAAGAGGAUGUGGACUCUGAGCCAGCAGAGACCGAAGGGGAAGCUGCAGAGGAUGGAGACCCUGGAGACACUGGUGCUGAGCUGGAUGAUCAACACUGGUCUGAUGACAUCCCAUCCGAUGCCGAAACGGAACAUCGCUUACAGUGCCAGGCCAAGGUGAAAGCAGGGCUGGAGCUGCGAGUGUCAGAAAAUGAGGAAGAGAAGCCAUCUGAUACACCACAGCAAGAGGAGAGAGGUCCUUCCCAAGUCUCCAGCCCCAGCCAGUCCCCUCAGAAGCAAGCUGUUCUGUUCUCCCCACCCCACAGCCCUGCGGCCGAGAGGCCCCAGGUCUCCAUUGCCACCAAGGUGAAGACCCCAGAGGAGCCCAUUUUCCCUGCACCUCUGCUCCCCAAGGAAAAGCCCAAAGCCGAAACCCCUGAAGAUCAGAAAGCUGGACACUCGCCCAUCCGAUCACAGCCUGUGGCCCUGCCGGAAGCCAGGACGCCUACCUCACCCACCAGCCGACAGCCCCCCGAGUCUCUGCUGGCCCCUCUCACCCCUCCCUCCACCCAGCUCCCCAUCUGUUCCCAACCUCAGCCUUCCUCCGAUGCUUCCAUCCCAUCACCCACCGAGUCCCCCAUCCGCUUCCAGCCAGUUCCAGCCAAAACAUCCACACCCCUGGCCCCAGUCCCUGUGAAGAGCCAAGGAGACCCCAAAGACAAACUAAGUGGCCCUCUGGCUGUUGAGGAGGCCCUGAAACGGAGCGAUCUGGUGGAAGAGUUUUGGAUGAAGAGUGCCGAGAUCCGCCGCAGCCUGGGCCUUACUCCUGUGGACCGGAACAAGGGGCCGGAGCCCAGCCUCCCCUCGCCUGCCAUUAAGCCAAUAUCCCUAAAAUCCUACUCAGUUGACAAGUCGCCUCAGGAUGAGGGGCUCAGCCUUCUGAAACCGCCACCUGUUCCUAAAAGGCUGGGCCUGCCAAAGUCAGCUGGCGACCAGCCCCCACUGCUGACCCCGAAGUCGCCCUCUGACAGGGAGCUGAGGAGCAACCAGGAGGAGCGCAGGGACCUGUCCAGCAGCUCGGGCCUGGGCCUCCAUGGCAGCUCCUCCAACAUGAAGACCUUGGGCAGCCAGAGCUUCAACACCUCGGACUCCACCAUGCUCACCCCACCUUCCAGCCCACCCCCGCCCCCCCCCCCCAAUGAGGAGCCUGCGACCCUGCGAAGGAAGCCCCAUCAGACUCUAGAGAACAGGGAGGCCUCGGCUGUCCCACCUCCCCCUCCCGCCACGUUCAUGCGGCCGCCACGGGAGCCAACCCAACCCCCCAGGGAGGAGGUUCGGAAGUCUUUUGUGGAGACUGUGGAUGAGAUCCCCUUUGCUGACGAUGUGGAGGACACUUACGACGAUAAGACUGAGGACUCGAGUCUGCAGGAGAAGUUCUUCACACCCCCUUCCUGCUGGUCCCGGUCAGAGAAGCUCCCGGCCAAGGAGAACGGGCGGCCCCCUCCCCUGGAGCGUGAUGUGCAGCUGCAGAAAAGGGGCCUCCCUCUGGUCUCCGCAGAAGCCAAGGAGCUGGCCGAGGAGCGCAUGCGAGCCCGGGAGAAGUCUGUGAAGAGCCAGGUACUGCGAGAUGCCAUGGCCAAACAGCUGAGCAGGAUGCAGGCCAUGGAGAUGGCAGCCUCCAGGUCCCGGACAGCGCCAUCCCAGGCCAAGGACCUAGGACCCGAGUCCACCAAGCGCCCAAGCCUCCGAGGCUCCCAGGAGCCCACCCUGAAGCAUGAAGCUACCAGCGAAGAGGUCCUCUCCCCGCCAUCAGACUCAGGAGGCCCCGAUGGCUCUGUCACCUCAUCUGAGGGCUCCAGUGGGAAGAGCAAGAAGAGGUCGUCCCUCUUCUCCCCCCGCAGGAACAAGAAAGAGAAGAAAUCCAAAGGGGAAAGCCGGCCCCCAGAAAAACCCAGCCCCAGCCUCCCAGAGGACGUGGCAGCUAAGCCCAAGUCCCUGUGGAAGUCAGUCUUCUCUGGAUACAAGAAGGACAAGAAGAAAAAGAGCGAUGAAAAGUCCUGCUCCAGCACCCCGUCCAGUGGCGCCACAGUGGACUCCGGCCAGCACAGGGCAUCUCCGAUCGUGAGAACAGAGCUGCACCUUCGGCGCCAGCUGAGUUUCUCAGAGGACUCAGACCUGUCCAGUGAUGACAUCCUUGAGAGGUCUUCCCAGAAGUCCAAGCGAGAGCCCAGAACCUACACAGAAGAGGAGUUGAGUGCCAAGCUGACCCGGCGCGUACAGAAGGCAGCGCGGAGGCAGGCCAAACAGGAAGAACUGAAACGGCUGCACCGGGCCCAGAUCAUCCAGCGGCAACUGGAGCAAGUGGAGGAGAAACAGAGGCAGCUGGAGGAGAGAGGCGUCGCCGUGGAGAAGGCGCUGCGAGGCGAAGCAGGCAUGGGCAAAAAGGAUGACCCCAAGCUGAUGCAGGAAUGGUUCAAGCUGGUCCAGGAGAAAAACGCCGUGGUGCGCUACGAGUCGGAGCUCAUGAUCUUUGCCCGGGAGCUGGAGCUGGAAGACCGGCAGAGCCGGCUGCAGCAGGAGCUGAGGGAGCGGAUGGCUGUGGAAGAUCACCUGAAGACCGAGGAGGAGCUUUCAGAGGAGAAGAAGAUCCUGAACGAGAUGCUGGAGGUUGUGGAGCAGAGAGACUCCCUGGUGGCCCUGCUGGAAGAGCAGAGGCUGCGGGAGAGAGAGGAGGACAAGGACCUGGAGGCUGCUAUGCUGUGCAAGGGCUUCAGCCUGGACUGGUCCUGAGCCUGGCUACCCUUGUGUUCGGUAGAUUGGCACCCACCUGACCUGGCUGCGUGCUCCCAGACCACUUGGAUCCAGGUUCAGAAAAGGCCUGGGGCAUCCCCGGAGGGUAGUGCUCAGGCACCUGUGCCCUGGGAAGACCCCCAGGUGAGGGUUAUCCUCUGAGGUGACUCCGCCUCCUAGGAGAGGCCACCCAGACUUCCCACCCAGGAGGGGAGGCGAUGGGUGUGUUUGAUGUGUGCCCCAGAGGAAACUCUUUCAGGUCCCUGAGGGCUUGCUGCCUGGUACCUCUUUCUUCCCUCCGCUGGUAAGAGAGAGACUCGGCUCCUCCUCAGAGCCGCUGCCACCACAGAGCAUCUGCUGAGCAGAGUAGCCACUGCCCUCAUCGCUCCCUGAAGCACCACCAAAGAAAGUCACAGAGGCAUCUACAGAAAAGGGCCGUGGAUGGAGAUCCAGCAGG